AUGGCCAGAUCAUCUACACUUCUAGCUAACUCAACGAGUAUUUCUAAUAGGCUAUUCAUGGCUCAACGGAAAGUAAUCGUGUUGAUUUUGGCAUUUUUCAUCCUGUUGUUAUUCCUUACAGCAUUUGUUGCACAUCAACAUGUUAAAAACAACCCAGAAUUGCUUGAUAACAUCACAGACAAGCUCGGAAACAUCGGAUAUCCUUCAUUGAAACCAACUACAGAUAAGGAUUAA